AACAGAGAGAGAGAGAGGGUCAGACACCAAAUCGGGUCAUCUAGCUACGGUUCCCAGCUCCCAGUCACAGGUCAAGCCAGAGAGAGAGAGAGAGAGAGAGAGAGAGGGCGCUCUUCAUGGAGGUCUCCCCUUCUUCCAGGAGCGUCCUGGACGGCCUCGGCGAAGAAAUUAUCCGGAUAGUUUACCCCGUUUCGAUCUGUAUGCUCCUCGUCGUGGUCCUGGUAUCCGUCCUGAAUUCAUCGUCACCGCCGUCGUCUUCAUCGUCAUGGUCGUCCAUUGCCACCCUCGUCUACAACGAGACUACCACAGAAUCCCUGUGGGACGCCAUCAAAGGCGCCAUCUUGAACGCCCUGGCCUUUGUUCUUGUCGUCACCAUCGCAACCUUCCUCCUCGUCCUCCUCUUCUACUUCAGAUGCACCAAACUCCUCAAAUUCUACAUGGGGUUCUGCGCUUUUAUGGUUUUGGGCUUAUUGGGUGGUGAAAUUUUGAUACUCUUAAUCGAGCAUUUCAAUUUCCCCAUCGAUUGCAUCACUUUCUGUAUCAUCUUAUUCAAUUUCACCGUUGUUGGUGUCAUGUCUGUAUUCAUGUUUAAGAUGCCAAUCUUCAUCACACAGAGCUAUCUGGUUGUUAUUGGAAUGUUGGUGGCCUACUGGUUCACUAUGUUGCCCGAAUGGACUACCUGGGCGAUGUUGGUAGCCAUGUCUCUCUACGACUUGGCUGCUGUUUUGCUCCCUGUUGGGCCUCUCAGGCUGUUGGUAGAGCUUGCAAUUGCAAGGGAUGAAGACAUUCCUGCCUUAGUAUAUGAAGCUCGGCCGGUUAAUGGGGAGGGUUCAGCGGAGUUGUUUAUUCGAGGGGAUCAUCAAGAUCACCCCCCUGGAGCAGAGAGGAUGGAGCGCAGGAGAGUGUGGAAGCAGAGGGGACAUGUCGAUAACGGGUCAAGUUCCACAGUUGCCGAUUUCUUGUCAGUUGGUGCUACGGAGAAUUCCUCGGAGUUGAGUCAGAGUCUGCUUUCUAGUAAUGAACCGGAUGAGGAGAGGAGACCGGAGACGAGAAUAGUUAUAGGAGAUGCUCGAAUUUCUGGUGGUGGUUCUGCAGUUAAUUCCUCUCCUCGUAAUGAACUUAGGCGAGAAACAGUCGCCAAUGAUUUGGAGAGUCGAGCUUUGAAUGCUUUGCCAGGAGGAGAGGAUGAGGGCAUUGGGUUGGGUUCUUCGGGGGCUAUUAAGUUGGGUCUAGGAGAUUUUGUAUUCUACAGUGUACUGGUUGGUCGGGCAGCGAUGUAUGACCUCAUGACUGUUUAUGCCUGUUACCUUGCUAUCAUGGCCGGCCUCGGUGUCACUCUGAUUCUUUUAGCUUUCUACAAGAAGGCAUUACCGGCUCUUCCUGUAUCCAUAUUGCUAGGAAUAGCAUUCUAUUUCUUGACACGUUUCUUGCUAGAAGCUUUUGUAUUUGAAUGUUCUUCCAACCUAAUCUUGUUCUAGGUUGCAAAUGCUUGGCACUACGUUGUAAAUUAUGAAGCGUUACUUCUGCUUUGCAUUUUGGAAAAUGUAACUUGUUCCUUGGUCGAUUCAAUUCCGUACAAAUUUAUUAAA